AUGGUGUGGCACGAUAACUGGACUUCCUUGGGUCCUCUGAUUCAGCUAACAGGCGAGUCAGGUCCGAGAUUGACAGGCCUACCAGCUAUGGCAGUAGUUCGAGAUGCGCUGGUAGGUAACCGUUGGUGGAUAAGCUCAUCUAGAUCAAGAAACCCGACAAUAUGCUUACUGAAGAACUGCCUCCCCGACCAUCAGGAAGUAGUUUCAUCAGAAGCAGAUGACCGCUUUCUGUGGAAGGUUGGCGACAACGCCCCUGUCAAAGGUUUCUCAUCGUCCCUCAUGUGGAAUCAUUUGUAUGAACAGGAACCUGAAGUGAACUGGCAUAAAUCUAUCUGGUUCAAGGGAAGGAUUCCAAAGCAUGCUUUUAUUUCAUGGUUAGUAGCUCUGGACAGAUUAUCAACUAGGGACAGGAUGAGACAAUGGGGUGUAUUGGUCUCUCCUACAUGUCCUCUAUGUGGCACAGCGGAUGAGUCUCGCCAGCAUAUCUUCUUUGACUGUGGGUACAGCAAGGAAGUUUGGUCCUUCUUCUACUCUACCCUCCGUCUUUCUCCUCCUACCUUGAUCAUGGAUGUACUAAGAUGGAUCAAAGGCCCUACUCGCGACAACAAUGUCAAUCUUAUUCUGAAACUUGCUUUUCAAGCUUGUGUUUAUUUGGUCUGGAAAGAAAGGAACUCAAGGUUACACUCUCAGGUUCCCGUCCUUCAGCCUCACUGA